AUGAACGCCGAAGGUGGUAAAGACGGCCACAUGAAGAAUGACACGAACGAGGACGGACAUCAUGGUCACAUGAACGCCGAGGUUGCUAAAGACGGGCAAGUGACCAAGGACACGAACGAGGACGAACAUCAUGGUCACAUGAUCGCCGAGGAUGGUAAAUACGGCCACAUGAAGAAUGACACGAAAGAGGACGGACAUCAUGGUCACAUGAACGCCGAGGUUGCUAAAGACGGGCAAGUGACCAAGGACACGAACGAGGACGAACAUCAUGGUCACAUGAACGCCGAAGGUGGUAAAGACGGCCACAUGAAGAAUGACACGAAAGAGGACGGACAUCAUGGUCACAUGAACGCCGAGGUUGCUAAAGACGGGCAAGUGACCAAGGACACGAACGAGGACGAACAUCAUGGUCACAUGAUCGCCGAAGGAUGGUAA